UCUGUUACGAACGAUGAAGACAAAGAAAAAUAGGAUAGAGGGAAUGUCAUCAAGUCGAACUGGAGACGGUUGCUGCGAAUCCUUGCUAAAGAAUGCAAUUAAUAAGGAUGAACAAAGGUUAAGCGCGAGAACAUGGUCUACGGGAUGUUAUGGUAAUAAUCCUGGACCAUCUAAAUCAUCUAAUUUACCUGUUGUGAAACCACAGUCCGCGCCUUCUGGUGUUAGUUUCAAGCGCCUUCCAAGCAUCAAAACUGCGCCACCAAUACGGAACCAGAGAAAAUGGACGUUCCCUUGCUACCCAAGGCGUGUUGUAAAGGAUACAUCUAUCCAAACAGAAAUAGAAAUUCCAGAAUAUCAAAAUGGAACACAGUGGUACGCUGACGGAAGAGAACCAAUGUUACCAAAUUCAGAAUCGGACGACAAGAGCUUGAACUUUUCGUCUCAUUGUCAAUCAGCAAAACAUGAAACCUUGUCUAGUGACGGCAGUUUGUCUAAAGAAGUAAAAGAAAAUGAUGAUAUUGAGCCCACCAAAAAGAAACAGUGCACUUUCACCCGAAAGUAUGACAGCUCCUAUAUUGAGUUUGGAUUUAUUGAAAUGAAUGACAAGAAAAAGAAUAGACCUCGGUGCAUAAUAUGUGGGGAUGAUACCAAAGAACGAUCAACGAAUAUGUUCCCGGAUGUUAGCGCACUCUAUGAUCAACUUACUCAAGAAGAGUUUCUUUCAACGUUGAGCAUACACGAAGCUGCCAAAAAUGGGGACUUGCACGCAGUUAAACUGCUGCUGAAAACCGACCGGAAACGAAUGGAGACUGUCGAUGAAAGAGCCUGGACUCCCAUCCACCUAGCGGCAGCACAUGGUCACUAUGAUAUCGUGAAAUAUCUAGGAGAAAAUGGAGCACACCUCGCCGCCUUGGAUCCUAGUGGCUAUACAGCUAUUCAUAUAGCAGCAAUGAACGGCCACGCAGACUGUGUUGAGGUUCUGCUGGUUAUGGGCUGCGAAGUAGACAAUGUGACGUCAGAAGGAUUUACGCCUCUUCAUCUUGCUGUUCUAAAUGCCAACAUCGAAUGUUGUCAGAUCCUACUUUCUUGGGGAGCCAACAUCAACCGGGAGGACGGAUUAGGGCGCACUGUUCACGACAUGGCGGAAGAAUACUCUUUAGAUGAAGUCGCAGAACUGCUUAGCAACUACGAAAAGAAACUGGAGAACUUUCAGAGCAUCUUACACAAGUUUUCUGACAAAAA